GUGCGGUUUAAUAUUUCGAUGACUUAACUUUCAAAAAUCAAAAUUACUUAUUAUUAUUAAUUUAGCUUUGUUACAAACAUUUUGUAUUUCGAUUUCUUGCAUUGUUGUAGUAAGUUUCUUUACCUAAUUUAUGGUGUUUGCAACAAACGUGCAAGCCACUGCAUAUAGCCAUCUAUUUACUUGCAAACAGCUAAAGUUAUAUUUUCCAUAUUUCAAUAAAACAAAGAAAAGGUUAACAACCCAUAAGUUUACAAAGUAACUACGUACACGUAGCAUGCAAUAGCCGGAAUUCCCACGGGGCAGUGGGCACAGGAUCAUAACUAUAAUAUUCAAAUUACAAGGGUCCAAAAAUGGCAAAGAAAACUAGUAAUACGUCCAGAGUUGCUGCAGCGAUUGUUAUAGUUGUCAACUUUAUUGUAAUGCUGUGCUGCCUGGUGGCGUUCGCGCUGAGCCUGUGGGCGGUGGCGUCUCCCCGGACCCUGGUGCACGCCGUGCAGGUCUUCGGCACCCCGGCCCUUAAGGCGCUGGUGACGGAGGAGUGGGUGGGCGUGCAGGUGGGCGUGGGCUCGGCGCUGCUGGCCGCCUUCUUCUUCUGCAUCUCGCUAAUGGGCGUCUACGGCGCUAUAUCCGCCUCGCAGUUCCUCCUGUUCAUGUACGCGGCUCUGGUGUUCCUGCUGCUGUUGUUGGAAUGCGCUCUGGUUUUCUACUUCUCUUCCAACAUUGUUGAGAAAGGUAUUCAAGACGACGGCCAAUGGACGCACGCCCUAAGGCUCGUCUUCGAAUGCUGCGAUAAAAACUACACGGCUGUCUCCGAACCGAUAACUCCUCCCUGGUCGUGCUGCGGCGUCGACCACUUCCCCAAGAACUGCACAGCUGACAACAUCUACACACGGGACUGCCAGCGGGCCGUGGUGGAGUGGCUGCAGCGGCACCAGGUGGCGAUAUACGCGAGUCUCGCGGCGCUCCACCUGCUGUUGUCGUCCUGCUCGCUCAUCAGGCGAUCCCUCGGUGUCUCUCACUCCCCCUCGUAGCGAACGCAGCGCCGCACUGGCGCACCCAAAUCAGCGACAUCGUGGCGGUCGGUGCGGUCGGCGCGCGUGGCUCCCGGCGCUGACGACGUGCUGAUGGUCGUCGUGGGCAAGAGCCGCCUGGGCUGGAUGAGACAGAAAUGAGGUACACCGAUACGGAAUCCUCAGUCCUCUGUAUUAGAACAUUGUUGAGAUAGAUCUGGUUAAACUGACAAUUAUGAUUACAGACUAUGUUACAAUUACUAUUCUCGAAUACGAGCAAGAAAAAAGGAGACUUAACAUUAACAAAACUGCUAAAAAUUAAGACUGACACUUUUGUAUGUGUAGUGUUCACCACGAUCACGAAAAAUUUAUGUAGUUUACUGAUCAUUGUUACUUGUUAUAUCAUCUCUGAUAUCCUACUAAUCGAAAGUAGGUAGCAUGUUGUCUUGUUGUUGAAUUAGUCAGUUCUUAUUUUUUACACAGCGACUUUCUAUAAAAUUUCAUUUAAUGUAGUGAGUAUACUCUAGGGAUUUAUUUGCAUCCUUAUAAAUGGUCGCUGUUAAGCAUUAGUGUCCUAACCCACAA